CUUGGCAUUUGAGCUAGCUCAGCGGUUGUUAACUAAUCAUACGACGGAUUAUCGCUUCUUCAAAUCUUCAUUAGUUCUGCCCUUCUCUAAAUCCUCUCGAAGAGGCUGGGCGUGCAGGCAGCCCUGUCAUCAUAGCCAGAGAAAGAGAAGAAAACACCUGCAACAUCCUUCCCUUGUCGUCGGCGCUUAAUUAAUUGCUCGCCGGGCUUUGAUCCAUAAUAAGCACAGAACGAAAUCUCCGUACUCAAAUUUGUGCUCCCUAUCAGAUCUCGCCUCGCGUCUAAAGCUGCCGCGAUGGGCUUAGUUCGAACACCGAGCAUGAGAAGCGGCGAAUUCUUGGAAGGGAUAAUCAACGACUAUGUUGUCGGUAAAGGAAGCAAGAUGAGGACGCCAAAGAGCUCUUCCCGUAUAGUCGCCGCCCUCACCUGUCUCCAGUUUGCCUUCGCAAUAUAUGCCACCUUUCUUCUCUACUACAUGAGCCCCGCUGUUGAUCUGCGCACUAAGCCAGACUUCUCGUGGGCUAGUCGGAUCGCCCAGCACUGGAAACAAUUCAUCGUGCAGCCUCACAUGCUUCCAACCAUCCAAGAGAAAUACAUUGUUCAGUCCCCUCUCGAGGUGUGUGAGCAUGAAAAGAUCGACUUCUCACAGAAAAAAUCCAACGAUGCUCUGAUGAUCAGACUCAAGAGGGAGCUCUACGAUGAGAUAUUGGAGUUCCAGAAGAGGGACUUGGGAGCCGAGACGCUUCCUGAGCUAAUGAGGAUGAAGUCCAAAUGGAGUCCGCAUGGCCCUAACGUCCCAAAGAUUGCAGUCAUCUUAAACCACUUCAAGCGGAAGACGCUCUGUGCCCAACUGGAUUCGCUGCUCAAUCAGACACUGCCUUUCCACCAAGUUUGGGUCCUUUCUUUCGGAAGCCCCAAUGAGUUGUCUCUGAGGAGAAUUGUCGAGGGUUAUAACAACUCGAGGAUUAGCUUCAUCAGUUCGAGCUACGAUUUCAAGUACUACGGGAGGUUUCAGAUGGCCCUGCAGACGGAAUCCGAUUUUGUCUACAUCGUGGAUGAUGAUAUGAUCCCAGGUAAGAAGAUGCUCGAGAUAUUGGCGCAUGUGGGAGGAACAGACAAGUACAAGAACGCUGUACUGGGCAGUAUAGGAAGGAUACUGCCUUUCAGGCAGAAGGACUUCACGUUCCCGAGUUACAGGAAGUUUAGGUCGAAGGAGGCGGGACUCUAUUUGCCUGACCCUGCCUAUGAUAUCGCUGUUGAACGAAUCGUGCAGGUCGAUUUCUUGUCAAGCUCGUGGUUUUUGUCAGCAGACCUCAUCAAGACAUUGUUUAUAGAGACGCCUUUUACUUUUAUGACCGGUGAAGAUCUCCAUCUGAGCUAUCAGCUUCAGAAAUACAGGAAUGCAGGGUCAUUCGUGCUACCGGCGGAUCCAAAUGACAAGGAAACAUGGGGAGACAGUGAGCACAGACUCGCCUAUGUCUCGGAGACCACCGUGAUCUUCAAGGAUAUCGUCCAAGUCCGAGACGAUCAAUGGUGGAAGGCCCUCACUACAGGUUAUAUCACUCAGUGGGCUGCCAUGUACCCUCAAAAGAUCGAUGCUCUCUUCUACGCCCAUUCCCUCGACCACGUAAGAGCACUGGCACCGCUCCUCGAGAAAUUCCGUACAACUGCAGGCAAAAAGGCCUAUAUUGUGGUCUCGGGCGGUAGCUUCUGUCCCUGUGAAGAAGCUGCAGCUGUCCUCAAGUGGCCGAAGAACGUCUGCAAGGAGAGGCGGUUCAAGAUAUUCGAUUUGGAGAUUGGAGCUAUCUCCGGAGUAUCCAAAUCAGAGGUUCCAGUCGUACAGGCUGUGUACUCGAGCAUGAGAGGGCUCAUCAAAAUACACAACCCUAGCUUGCUCAUUACGGUCGCCGACAUUGAUGUGCACGUGAAGAGCGCACUGCAGAUGGUUGCUGAUCAGAACAGUACUGUGAAUCGCACUGCGCUUGUUCUCUUGCCAAGGUCUUCUAUUCCCAAGGUUCUCUGGAUGGCUGAUCUGCGACCAACUGCGCUGCCGAAUUGGAACCGGAUGCGGAUUUCGGUUAACAUCAUCACACAAAACCGAGCUGCAUCUCUGCAGAGGCUCCUGCGAUCUCUCCAGAACGCGUACUAUCUUGGCGACGAGGUCCCUCUAAGCUUCAACAUGGACAGCAAGGUGGACGAGGCAACUCUCAAGGUGGUCGGAUCCUUCCGGUGGGCGCACGGGCCCAAAGUCAUCCGGCGCCGCAUCAUCCAAGGCGGACUCAUCCGAGCCGUAAGCGAGAGCUGGUAUCCAUCAUCCGACGACGACUUCGGCCUGCUGUUAGAGGACGACAUCGAGGUAUCUCCCUACUACUACAUGUGGAUCAAAUACGCGCUCCUCGCGUACCACUACGAUCCCCAGGUGUCCCUACCGGAGCUCUCCUCCAUCUCUCUCUACACGCCGCGCCUCGUGGAGGUGGUUAAGGAAAGGCCUAAAUGGAAUGCCACGGAGUACCUCAAGAAAAUCCACCCGAACACGCCGUACCUCCACCAGCUCCCCUGCAGCUGGGGGGCGGUGUUCUUCCCCAAGCACUGGAGAGAGUUCUACGCCUACAUGAGCGCGAGGUUCACCGCGGACGCCAAGCAGAACCCUGUGCAGAUCCCCAAGUCGAGGACCAACGGCUGGCAAGCGUCGUGGAAGAAGUUCCUGAUCGACAUGAUGUACCUGAGAGGGUACGUGAGCCUGUACCCCAACUUCCCCGGCCAAGCGAGCUUCUCCACGAACCACAUGGAGCCUGGGGCCCACAUCAGCGCCAAGGGCAACGUGGUGAAGCACAACAAGGCCGACUUCGAGGUGCCGCUGAUGAGGGACGACUUCACCAGGCUGCUGCCCGUUGGGAAGAUGCCCCCUGCGUCCAAGCUGCCGGUGCUCAACCUCUUCAACCAGGCGGUCUCCUUGAAGGGGCUCAAGGCUGCAGGAGCCAAGCUCGGUCAAGAUGUCAUCGGCUGCAGCGGAGCCGAUCGGCUGGUUGUCGUCGAUCGCGAUACCGGAUUGCCCACCAACUGCACCGAGUUCUAAACAUUAACACGUACGUACAAGCGCACCGGCUUUACUUCAAAUUGUUUUGAUACCCUUUUCAUGUAUUCCUAUCCUAUCAUAAAUUAAUUCUUACGGCGGAAGAUCAAAUUGUAUUUAGACUGUGUGGUCAUAACUGUUGGAUAUAUUAUUAUUAUUGGAUAUUUUGUUAUAAUAUAAUUCAAAUAAUAUGUUCACAUACAAGCCCAAUAAGUGAAAGCGUAUUAAGGCCCAUAUCUCUGGAGCCCAAUAGCUUAUUUAAAAUCUAGGGUUUCCUACGCUGGAGGUAACACUGUUGAGCGUUCCAAACUUGACGUCUCUUGGUGUAAU